AAAACCUAGACGCGUGCACGAUUGUCUGAGCGGCGAGAAGUCGUGGCUUCCAGGAUUCUGGCAACAGUUGAAUUGUUUUCUUACACGGCUCAGGUGUGAUUGACAGCUGUUAGAUUGGAGAAUGGACGAGCUACAGGAUGUGCAGUUAACGGAGAUCAAACCUCUUCUCACAGAUAAGAAUGGGCGCAAUUUCCAGGACUUUGACUGUCAGGAGCAUGAUAUUGAGACCCCUCACGGUGUCCUUCACGUGACCUUGAGAGGGACCCCAAAAGGCAACCGCCCCGUCAUUCUCACCUACCAUGACAUCGGCCUCAAUCACAAGUCCUGUUUCAACACCUUGUUUAACUUUGAGGACAUGCAGGAGAUCACGCAGCACUUUGCCGUCGUCCAUGUGGACGCUCCUGGACAACAGGAGUCUGCGCCUCCUUUCCCCACCGGGUAUCAGUAUCCCAGCAUGGACGAGCUGGCCGAGAUGUUGCCCUCUGUUCUCACCCAGCUGAAGAUAAACAGUGUGAUUGGCAUUGGAGUGGGAGCCGGGGCUUACAUACUGGCAAGACUGGCUCUGAACCAGCCUGCUCUGGUGGAGGGGCUGGUGUUAAUUAACGUGGAUCCCUGUGCCAAGGGCUGGAUGGACUGGGCUGCAUCCAAGUUGUCUGGGUGGACCAGUAAUCUGGUAGACAUUGUGAUGGGACAUCACUUCAGCACAGACGAGCUGACGGAGAACCAGGAGAUUAUUCAGACGUAUCGUCUACACAUCGCUCAGGACAUCAAUCAGGAAAACCUGGCGCUCUUCUGCAACUCCUACAACGGGCGCAGAGAUUUGGGCAUCGAGAGACCUGUCCCAGGACUAAACGAAGACACAGUAGAAACACUGAAAUGUCCAACUCUACUGAUAGUAGGUGACACAUCUCCAGCUGUGGAAGCAGUGGUGGAAUGUAACUCAAGGCUAAACCCGACAAAAACCACUCUGCUCAAGAUGGCAGACUGCGGUGGACUCCCCCAAGUUGUCCAACCUGGAAAACUUGCUGAGGCCUUUAAGUACUUUGUCCAGGGAAUGGGAUACAUGCCAACAGCCAGUAUGACCAGACUGGCUCGUUCUCGUACCCAUUCUGCCUCCAGUAUGGGCUCUGUGGAUGGCUCACGCAGCCGCACGCACACCAACUCACAGCUGGAGGGUGCGACGGCUGCCCCUGCUCCAGACAACCAGGCCAGACCACAAACUAUGGAGGUCUCUUGCUAAAGAUGAAAAACCCACUCCUCUCCUUUCACCUCUCCUAUUCAAGCCAGGAGCAGCCCUC